AUGUUGAAGAAAAUUCUGGAGGGUUAUUCUCUGUGUAUGGUUAUGGUGGAACUGGUAAAAUUUUUUUGUGGCGAGCUCUUUUCUACACAUUUUAGAUCUAGAAGUGAUAUUGUUCUAAAUGUUGCGUCAAGCGGUAUAGCAUCGUUGUUAUUACCGGGAGGUCAUACAGCUCACUCUAGAUUUGCCAUUCCAAUUGCCAUCAAUGAGGACUCAACAUGCAACAUUAAACAAGGUAGUCCUUUGGCACAGUUAAUUGUUGAGUGCAAGCUUAUAAUAUGGGAUGAAGCUCCAAUGAUGCAUAAGCAUUGCUUUGAAGCUUUAGACAAGACAAUGAGAAAUUUGUUACGUUUCAAAAAUCCAUGUAGCUUAGACAUGACAUUUGGAGGUAAGACAGUAGUAUUUGGUGGCGACUUUCGACAAAUUCUGCUAGUGAUUCCAAAGGGGGCAAGACAAGAUAUAGUUGGAGCAUCAAUCAAUUCAUCAUAUCUUUGGAAAAAUUGUAAAAUUUUUAGGCUAACUAAGAAUCUUCGAUUGCAACACUCACAAGAUGCUACUGGAUACCGUGAACUUGAAGACUUCGUAACAUGGAUAGCUGUGGUUGGUGACGGUGAUAUUGGUAAAGCCACUGAUGUUGAUUUUGAAAUCUCUAUCCCUCAAAAGCAUUUAUUGGAUAGUGGGGAUGAUCCGAUAACAACUAUUGUUGAAAACACUUUUCCUAUGUUUAGAACUACACCUAAUGAGGAAAAUUUUCUGGAGAACCGUGCUAUACUUGCCCCAACAUUGGAUGUGGUUGACAACAUCAAUGAGUACAUGAAUAAUUUGAAUGAAGCAGAGGGGAGAACUUAUUUGAGUUGCAAUUCCGUAUGCAAAUCGGAUGCAAAUAUUGAUAUGCUAUCUGACUUACAUACACCGGAAUUCCUGAAUGGCAUCAAAUGUUCUGGUGUUCCAAAUCAUUCACUUACGCUGAAAGUUGGUUCCCCAGUAAUGCUACUAAGGAACAUUGACCACUCUCUAGGGCUUUGCAACGGCACUCGAUUGAUAAUUACAAGAUUGACGAGAGUGUUAUUGAAGCUAAAAUCAUGUGUGGGCCUGAUGUAG